AUGGUAGCACAUAAAAGUAAAGAGUAAUAGAAACGGUAGUCAAGUCAACAAGCAACACAUCUUCCCUUCCUUUGCUUUGGUUUGCUUGGUUACAUCGUCUUUCUUUCUUUCUUGUUCUAGAUCCUUCUUCUCUUUCGACGACGAAUCUUCAUUCAGGUAGUCAAGCAACCAUCCACUCACUCUAUUCAACCAUCCAUGGCAGACGAACAUGUGAACAUGAGCAAUCUUGCUGGUGAAACUUCUGAAUCAACACUGGAGAUCCAUAUCAAGACACUUGAUUCACACUUGUACAAUUUCCGUGUCGAUAAAAAUAUGCUAGUAUCAGCAUUCAAGGAGAAAAUAGCUGAUGAGGUUGGCCUCCCAGUUGGACAGCAACGACUGAUCUUUAGGGGCAAGGUUUUGAAAGAUGAGCAUCAUCUUUCUGAAUAUCAUAUUGAAAGUGGACACACAUUGCACCUUGUGGCUAGACAGCCUGCUGAAUCACAACCUUCUUCUGGUUCUUCCACCAAUACAACAACUGCAAAUGGACAAGAUGCUAAUGCUCCUGGUUCACGUUCACGUGUCACCCAUCAUGUUUCACAUAGUGUUGUACUUGGAUCCUUCGGUGGUGGGGACCAGAAUGUUGGUGGUGCUCAGGAUAUUAGUCGGGUUAUAUCAGCUGUUUUAGAUUCUUUUGGAGCUAGGGACGCUAGUGUACAACCAAAUAUGCAGUUCAACAUUCCCAGGCAAACUGCCCAAGGAAAUGAAGGUGGAGUUAAUGUAAACAAUCAAGGUCAACCCGGAAACCCUAGUCAGUCUGUCCCUCAAGGGAUGCAAAUUCCUGUAGGGGCAGCAAUAGCUAUACCAACACUUGCUACGCCAAUUCCCGAUUCACUGCACACACUUUCUGAGUUCAUGAAUCGCAUGGAGCAGGCCUUGUCACAGAAUGGAUAUCAACCAAAUCAACCUUUAAACGAUGCUGAACGUUCACCAGCUGUAGAAUUGCCUUCAAGUGCUCGUGGAGUGCCAUUACCUGCAGCUCUGGCUGUUGUUAUGCGACAUGCACAACGCCUUCUCACUGGACCUGCUACCAAUUCUCUAUCUCAUACUGCAGGCCGACUAGAAGAGGAGGAGAGUAUCACUGACCCCACAAUUAGAACCCAAAUUCAGUCAGAAGCAAUGCAAGCAGGGCUUGCAAUGCAACAUUUAGGGGCUCUUCUGCUUGAGCUUGGUCGUACAAUGUUGACUUUGCGUAUUGGACAAUCUCCUGCUGAGUCAUCUGUACAUGCUGGACCUGCUAUUUAUAUAUCUCCAUCAGGGCCUAAUCCUAUAAUGGUCCAGCCCUUUCCUCUACAAACUAAUUCACUGUUUGGUGCUAAUGCUACUCCCAUCAAUUCUACCGGGUUUGGUCCUGUUGGCAUUGGUGCUGUUCCAAGACACAUAAAUGUUCAUAUCCAUGCAGGAAUUGCUCAAAGGGGAACUAAUGUUGAGCCAAACCAAGGAGAACGUGCUAAUGGAACAGCUGCAACUGGAGUUAAUGUGCAAGGUAGAGGGGUCAAUGAUAGCACGGGGAGUGAAAACCAAGGAGAACGUGGUAAUCAAACAGCUGCAACUGGAGUUAAUUUGCAAGCUAGAGGGGCCAAUGAUAGCACGGGGAGUGAAAAUCAGGCUUCUGCAGGCCAACAAAAAGGAAACGAGUCUAAAUCCGAGGGCCAGAAGGAUACAGAAGGCACAGAGAGCAUGACUUCCAGUAGCAGUGCAUUAAAAUCUACAAAUGAUGCAGAAGGUGCUUCAUCAUCGAAAUCGGCUAAUGAUAACUCAGGAAAUGCCUCAGCUGUUCCUCUUGGCCUUGGCUUAGGGGGGUUACAACCCAAGAGACGAAGUCGUCCAGCAAAACCAGAGGCCACUAGUGGUAGUGUACCUCCUGUUAAUGCAUCAUCUACUUGUAAUCCUGCUGGUGGGCAACCGAAUUCUGCUGCAAUCAUGAACGAAGUUAUUGCGAAUCCUGCUUUAGAUGAUUUGUUGUCUGGAGUUUCAAGCCAAACUGGGAUUGGGUCUCCUGAUGUGUUGAGAAAUAUGUUAGGUCAGCUAACUCAGAACCCUGCAAUGAUGAACACGGUCAAUCAAAUUGCUCAGCAGAUUGACGGUAAUCAAGAUCUGAGUAACAUGUUUGCUGGUAUGGGUGGACCUCGUGGCGGUAGUGGGGGCGGUGGUGGUGGUUUUGAUCUGUCAAGUAUGGUUCAACAGAUGAUGCCCAUUGUUGCGCAAGCUUUUGGUGGUGGAGGUUCAGGUUCAAACAUGUUCCAACAACCACCUCCCACAAAUCGUGAGCUGAAUUCGACAACCAUUCAUGAUGUUUCAAGUGAUUCUCAGGUGAAUCUUGAAGAUUUGGUUGAGAAGAUUGAACAACAGGAGUCAGCAGAAGUAGUUUUAUCAUCUGUUGUUGAAGCUGCUGCUGCUCACUUGAAUGACAAUGAGGAGAAUGCUGCUGCUGGGAUUUCUGAGAUUUGUAUUGAAGAGGGACUUGCUCAUGAAUUCAUGGACAUGUUGAGGCGCGAUGUUUCUCGAAGAGCUGAAGAAGAGAGAGAAUGAUGUCGCUUGUUGUUUGUUUAAUGAAUGGUUUUAUUGUACAAAUAACUGUCUGGCAUUGCUGCUAUCUUGAUAUGAUUGUUGAAAUGAUUUUAUAAAACUUUAUUUAUUAGGACAGGCUCAAGGUUACCUAAAUACCUUUUCAUUUUGGGAAAUGAAAUUUGAUUUUGAUAUUUA